AUCCCAAAUUCACAACAAAUUCAAUCUCAAUUGCAGUUAAAAAUGUCAGGAAGAGGAAAGGGAGGCAAGGGAUUGGGAAAGGGCGGAGCCAAGAGGCAUCGAAAAGUCCUCCGUGACAACAUCCAGGGAAUCACCAAGCCUGCUAUCCGAAGAUUGGCUCGAAGAGGCGGCGUGAAGCGUAUAAGUGGACUGAUUUAUGAGGAGACAAGAGGAGUUUUGAAGAUAUUUUUGGAGAAUGUGAUUCGUGAUGCGGUUACUUACACCGAGCACGCUAGGAGGAAGACGGUCACUGCUAUGGAUGUUGUGUAUGCUCUCAAGAGGCAGGGCAGGACUCUUUAUGGUUUCGGUGGUUAAAUAGAUCUGAAUAGUAUCAUAUGUAAUAGCUUCAGAUGUAGUUGCUGGUUUAAUUGGGUUGCUAUUAUAUAUGUAGUGGUGUUGUGAAGCUCAUAUUCUGGUGUAAAUUAUGAAUUUUAAUGGAGAUUUCAAUUCGGUAAUA